GAGUCACCGGGAAAACAUCCAUUUCGUCCGAUGGUCCGCGUAAUAAUAAUAAUACUAUACUAUAUUUUUAUACAAUAUUAUUAUUAAGUAUCUUGUUUUUUAAAUUUUUUUUUCGUCACUGUUUUCAUGAAUUUAAAAAUAUUAAAUUUCCCGUAGUCGCUCGCGAAUAAUAUUGACUUUUUCGUUUCGUUAACACGUCUGUCUAGGUACUCGCGUACUUACGUUAUAUUUUGUUUUCGGCCUAAUGACUCAUUUUCGGUCGUUUCGUUGCCGCGCAAGUGCAUUUGACAUCACAUACACCAAUAGGUAUAUAUUUUAUCCGUGGUGAUUAUCGUUUUUUUUUUUUUGUCAAUUCCUUUAAUAUUAUUAAUUUUUUAUACGCCAUUGCUAUCACAGCGCAUUACGUUUACGUAUUAUUAUUAUCUCUUGUAUCUAAUCGUAUCAAAUUCAUUUUUUAUUGUUAAUCCGGCCCAAAUCACCAAUUAGUAAUUACGAUAAUGCGUAGGUACCUAAAUUGUAUUUUUAAUUAGGUACCUACCGUCUACCAUCAACGGCGGACCGAAUUCUUUUUGCAGACUGAACUCUGUCACCAACAGUUUUUAAUUUUUAUUACUUGUAUUAGAAUUGAAUUGUUUUUGUUUUUUUUUGCUAACAAUGCCUAAUUGAUGAACGAAAAACGUUCGUAAAUAAUUAGCAGAUGUUACCUGAUAACACUGCCAUUUUUGUUAUCAAUUGAGAAAUAAUUCUAGCUCUGGUAAUAUUUUUAAUAUUAAUUAUAAUUUUUUUUUUAUAUUUUUUUAAUUAAUUAAUAUGAACAUUAUAAACUUAAAUAAUAACAUAAAUAAUGUAGAUAUUGAUUAACCAUUGUGAUCCGUAUACCUAGGUACCUAGUAUGUCAUCAACUGUGUUUGUAUAAAUACAUUUUAUUAAUAUCUAUUAUUAUUGUAGGUAUACUCGAAAGACUAUCUAAGACAAUGUUUUCAAACCGACAGCAACAAGACUCUUCAAAGAUGUUACACCAAAUCACCUCAACGGGUUCAAUAGUAGGGUUACCGCCACCUCCACCUGCAAUUAGUCUUAGUUCCAUUACAACAAACUGUAAUAUUAGUUCAUCCGUCACAUCUGUAGCUAUUUUGGCCGUGAGUACAGUUGAAUUAUUUUUCAUUUAACAUUAGUUAACUUAUAUUGUACCAUGAGUUAUUUUUGUUAGUAAACAAAAUAUUGAAUAAUUGUUGUAAUACCCUAAUAAAAAUAAAAAUAUAGUCAAUAUUUAUCACAAAUUUAUAUACCCAGGCUAUCUAUAUUUAAAUAUUGAAUUAUCAUGAUUAUUAAGUUGUUUGCUUAAAAGAGAUAGAUAGUUUUCUACCCCCAAAACCUAUCUAAUAAUAUGGUAGUUGUUGUGUACCUUAUGUAUUUAAUAUUUAAAGUCAAUUGUAUUUUUAAUCGUUUUUGAAUUGAGUUUUUAAGUAGAUACUUACAAAAAAAAAUUGAUAAAAGUAGAUAGAUGCUCAGAUACUGAAUACUAUUUUAACUGGAAAUUAACAUUAUUAACAUAUAGUCACAUUUAAAAACAUAUACACUGUAAAAUAGGUAUUCUUUGGAUACCUUUGUUACAACAAAAUAAGUACAUUUAAUUAUUUAUCUUAGGUGUUUAUCAAAAUAAAAGGUUAUUUAUACCUAAUAAUAUAUAAUAUAUAUUAUAUAUCAGUAAUUUUUAACCUUUUUAAGUCUAUGGCUCUUUUGAUUUUGAAAACUAAAUUAGCAGCUUCCUUUACAAAUAAUAAUAAUAAUAAAAAUUAAAACAAACAAAUAUGCUGUGAUGCACAGGUUAAAAACCACUAAUAUAUAUAUAUUUUUUUUUAAUGUAUACAUACUGAUUAAGAGCCACACAUAUAAGAGACAUCACAAUCAAUGCAUUAAACAUUAAUAUUAAACAAUCUUCAAGUAUGCUAAAUACAAUUUAUUGUGGUAAUAAUCAACAGACAUUCUGAACUAUUAUAGUUGUACAUAUACUUAAUAUAAAAUUGGAUUAGAUUCAUGUCCAUUGAACAUAUUGUUAAUAUUAUUUUAUUUCCAUCUAUUAAAUAAUUAUCAAAAUACUCAUGAAGAUGCAUAAUAGUUAUUUAGUAUUAUUUACAUAUUUAUAUUAAUUAAAAAGAAUUAAAUAUUUAAAGUCAUAAUAAAAUUAACAUGAUAUUGAUGCAUUGGUGUUAUUUCUUUUGUUAUAUUUAUAAUAUUAGUAGGGAUAUUUGUUUUAAAUUAUCAAUGCUGUUGACAAUUGAAUUGAUUUUUAUCAUUUUAUGUAAGCAAAUACCUAUUAUUAUUUUCCAAACACAAUUAAAUAAGUAGAAAAUAAAAUAAAACUUAUUAGUAAUUAUUGAUAGUUAUUAUAUAAAAUCAUUAAAUAAAUAUUCAGUACUUAUUUAAAAUCGACAUUAUUAAAAACCGCAUGAUAAAUAUUUUAAUUAUUAUUAUUUGUUAAUUUAUUAGAAUAAUUAUCAUGGAAAAUAAUAGAAAACAAUAUUUUAUUGUAGUAAAUUGAUUUACCGGCAAACUUGUCAAACUUAAUAAAGUAAAUUUGUCAUGUGUGUAUGUUAUAUUUUUAUUUGAAUUGCAAAACAACUGAUUUCCAUAAUAUAUAAUGUUAUUUAAUAUUUAAAAAAUUUACUUUUACUGCCAAAAUAAAAUGUAUAUACCAAUACAAAUAUUUUUUCGUUUAGUAACCACUCGAACAAAGUACUGCAGUUAUAAAUUAAUAAUCAAAUUUUUUUACAACAUCAAUAUAUCAUUAUAUAUAAAACCAAUAUUUCGUUAUUAUUAUUUUAUAAUACCAAUUUUAUUACCUUCUUAAUGUUCAUAACGACUAUUUUAAAAUUAAAUUGAUUAUUGGGAGAGGGGAAUUAAGGAUAGUGUUGGCACUUGCUUAGCAGACGUUGUUAUCAAGGUUAGGUGUAUGGUACCGCGUACCUAUUUUAAUAAAACGUGUGUAGAGACUAUAUAGGGAGUCAAUAACCUUGAAAGUUUUGCAAGCUAAACAUUUUAUAAUAAGAUAUUUUAAAUAAGUACUCAAAUCUGUAAACCUCGUGCUGACCAAAUAUUGGUAGCAGUUUUGAGUAAAAAUAUGUAAAAACCUGAUGUGUUUUAUUUUUGUUGUUUUACACAUUUUAAUGAUUAUAACUUUUAAACAUUCGAGAAUAACGUUUGUAAAUAUUUGAUUAACAAGUGAUUUUUAGUUUAUAGUUGAAAAAACUAUGUAGUUUUUUCAACAGGUAAGUAAUAUUAUUUUCUGUUAUUUAUGUUCAUGGUCUAUAUUAUAACAUUUUUGUGGAGCAUACUAUUUUGUUCCUUUACUGAGUUUACUGUAUUCGUGUUAAAUUCGACCUUGAUUACAUAAGUACAAUAAUCAUUUAUAUUGACGUAUUACACUUAAACAAUUUUGAGAUAAAAUAUUAUUGGUAUAAGUUAACGCAGGUAGCUAAAUAUUAUUUUGCGUUUGAAUUCAAAUGUUUCAAAUAAAAAAAUACAUACAAAUAUGUGUUUGCUCUGGCAGUGUGACAUUAGUAUUAUACAUUUAUAACUGAUAAGUAUAAUAAUAUUAUAUAUAAAGUACUAUCUGUGUUAUGUUAUUAUAAUAUUAUAUUUACGAAAUAAUACGAUUUUAGAGGGGAGUAUACCUAGCUAGCUAUAAGGUUAUGACGUCAAUGAAUAUUUCGCUGAUAUUCGUCAUAAUGGUAUUUCCCGUUCUCGUUACUAAAAACCUGUCACCUUGCGAUAGUUUAUAAAACAUAUACAAGUAUUACAAAAAAACUUUCUCCGCGAGUUCGGCCGGCCACUUUGGUAGAAAUCUCUACUGCCAUAAAUAUUGUUUCAGAUUUCUAAGAUGUGAUUAUUUCAAUUCAAAAAAAAAAAACAAAUUUAAUUAUAAUAAAUUAUUAUUAAACAGUCGUGGUUAUUCGUCGAAUUGUAAUACUCGAUUCGCUAGCAUCUUAAUUUUAAUUAAAAUUUAUUUUUGUUUAAUUUUUUCAUUUCCCAAUUAUAGUUAUACCUUUCUAUAUUUUUCCUACGUUUCAAUGCACUUGACUAUUAUUUUCGUUUAUUUUGUUUUGUUUUUUUUUUUACUGAUAUUUACCUAUAAUUUAUUUAUUAUUAAAUUAUUUCACAAUGUAACACAAUUCAAAGUAAAAAUGUACACUACUAUUGUAGGAGGUACUAUAUUAUUUAAUAGACAAUUGAAAAACCAAAUUAUAAUUUAUAAGUCUAAAUUUGUAUGCGCAUACAUACUAUGCAUUCAAUUCUUAAAUAAGAAAUUUCAAAAUAUGAAUAAAACAGUCAAUUAAAUGACAACCCCAAAUAAACUGUUUACUGAUGACGUUUUUUCGAGUUGGUUAUUGUAAUCUUUCAAGUAAACAUAAAGUGAUAAUUUAUAUUUUGGCGAUUCAGUAACCGUCUACUAACCGAAAUAUAUAAUCGUAAAUUGAAUUUCAAUAUUCCUUGAAAUUCCCUGAAAACAAAUAUUUUUCGUAAUUUCAAUCUUUAUCACACGAGUGUGUAUCUUCAAUUAAGUUCAGUACUUGGUAAAUGGACCUAGGGUUCCCAGACAUCAACACAGUACACGGCUUACCUGGAAAAUACCGAAUUACCGGUGAGCCUAUUCGCCACUGGUUGAAGAUUAAUAAAGUCAUUUUUUGAUUUUCCAAAUAGUUUUUUUAAUAAUUGAGCAAAACCGAAAAUAGAAUGGGAAAGUUUACGGAGAUAAUGGUUUUAUUAUUUUCAAUUUUGUUUUUCUGCUCCAAUUAGUAAAAACUAUUCAUAGACUUCAAAUUUUGACGAAACACUUAUAUUUACUAGACAUGGUACAAUUUUCAAAACAUUUUGGUGAUUUUUGAACCAUUUAUAGUAUUUUUGGUAGGUAUUAUGUGAAUAUAAUUGUUCGACCAACUAGAAAUGCUAAACAAUUUGAAAGUAAGAGUGGAAUAUAGUAAUUUUAGAUUCGUAGCGUAGUUCUACUAUGAUGUAGUUAUGUUUAACUGUGAAAAAUAUUUAUCACACUGUGAUAAAAAAAAAAAAAAAUUAUAGUAAAAAUAAUGAUUGCUACUAUAACUGCUACUUUUUAUAUUUUACGUACCUAUGGCCUAAUCCAGGGGUUGGGAACCUGCGGGUCCAGAGCUUUAUGCGGUUCUUUAACAUGCAAUCUAUGGUUUUUUGGAAAAUGCAUCAUUAUCUGGAUAUUCUAUAUCUAGAGCUAGACCAAUAAAAUAUAAAUUAAAACUAGAUUACACGCUUACCAAUUCCUAAUGAAAUUGCUUAGUCAAGUAUAUUAUAGUCGUUUUUUGUACUAUGGAAUUUUUUUUUAAUUUUAACCAUUGCGGUCCAUUGAAAAUUAUGUUUUUGCAAUUUUUUUUAAAAAUGGCUCAUUUACACAAAAAUGUUCCCGUUCCCUGGUCUAUUCCACAUUUACAUUGUCAGAAUUUCACAUUAAUCCAUACAGUACUACUCUAUUUAGUCGUAAAUGUGAAAUAAUAAUCAUUAUACCUAUAAAUAAUGAAUAAUGAUUAGAUACUAUAAUAAUUUAAUAAAUAUUAUAUUAUAAAUACCCAUCUAAAAUUAUGAAUCAUUGAUUUGUGUGUAUGUUUUAUUAUAAAAUCAUGUUUUUCCUAUAACAAUAGCAACUAAUUUUAUAAGAAAUCAAAAAAUGUUAAGUGCUAACCAUAGUUAUAUAAUAAUGGUAGCAAGUAGCAAUAGUUGUAUAUUAUUCACAUUUCACAAUAUUAGUGUAAAUAUUUUUUACAGUAAAACAAAUUUAACAUCACUGAUAGUAAUUUAUGAUAUAGUGUAAUAAAAUCAUUGCUACUUAAUGUAUGAUUAACAGGCACUGUUACUGCUACUCAUUGAAUCGCAAUGAAAAGUAACAGUCUUUUAACAUCACUACUAGAUGUGUUUUAUGGUUUAUCUUAUAAAUAUUGCUCCAAUAAAGAAACGAUAAAAGACCUUUUUCGUUGUAUUUUUAAUCUAGUCCAUGAGUAAAAAUGUCCUUUUUUAUUUCCUUUGUAGUUUUAUUAAUAGUUAGGAAAAACUGAAAAGAAACAUAUAAUGAAAACUGAUAAAUUUACGUCUUGUCAUAAAAAAAAAAAUAUCUAGGUAUUCACACAAAUAAAUAAAAAAACUCAAUAUUUCAAUUAAUUAUAAAUAUAGGUAAACCUACCUAUUUUAUUAUUCAAGAGCUAAAAUAUUUUUAAAAUUUUAUUUGCAUGUUUAGAAAAUGCUAACAAAAGUAUUUGGUGGAAAUAGUAUGUAUCUACAAUAUUAUUUCAUACUAAAUUAUAGAAAAAAAAAAAUACAAUCGAUUUUGAAAAAAUCCAUUGACGGCGUUGCGUAAAUAUACAGUUUAUAUUCGGAUUUUCCCCAUUAUAUCAGGAUACCAAUUAAAUACAAAAUUCUACAAGACAGCGACUGUAUAAAGUUUCUAUUUGGGUCACUUCUUCUAAUUUGACCCGUUUAGGUUUAGUUUUUAAUUUUUGGAGAUUACCAUUUACCACAUUAUAUAUUAUAUCUGUUUUUAGUAUUUACGGUAAAAACGGAAUUCCUCCUUUUUAAUACAGUUGACAUUUUUUCGUAAACAUCUCAGAACGUUUAAGGGAAAACGUUUUUUUUUUUUUUUAAAUGAUCAACAGUAGUUCAAUAUAAAAAAACUUAAGUUAAUAUUUUUUUUAUAAUUUUUUUUUUCGUUUAUAUAAGAGACAAAACAAGGAUUUCAUCUUUAGUGAUGACGGUGCAGUACAAUUUGUAAAUAUUUGUAAUUAUGUAAAAUUGUAAAAAAACAUUACUGCUAAAUAAAUAAAUGAUUGUGCAAUCCACAAAAUAAUCACCGAUUUAUUUAUUUAUUUUUUUCGAAUAACUACUUAUUUUUUUUUUUUUCAAUUCAGGUUUAUGAUUUUUUUGUAUUUUUUAUUAAAGUUUAGUAAUUAUGACUUUAAAUUACAAUAAGAAAUAAGGCAUCCUGACUAUAUUAUUUUCCAAAUUUUUAAAACCGUAUGUCUGCAUUUACAUACGGGCACUAUUCAAGGUUGAGAGGACGUUAAAUUUACAGUAUUUCACGAAAUUAUUGUAAUAGAAAAUUUCAUAUAUAAAUAGCACAAAAAUUGCCUACGUGUUUUGAAAAUUUUAGAUCUCUUUAAUUAUUAUGAACUGAAGUACAAAAAAAAAAAAAUUCAAAUCGAUAACAAAAGAAACCAUUAUUGCGUUGACUUUCCUGUUUUUCCUUAAUAGAAAACUACGAGGAGUCAAAAAAUUACCUCUUCAAUGCACCAUUAAAGCAACAUUUUGUAUCAGAAAUCAAAAAUUGAUAAUCCAGUCAAUAUUUUUAAUAAAAAAGUUAUAGACAGUAAAAAAAAAUUUGAAAAAACUAUUUACAUUUCUCGCUAUGCUCAGAAAAUAGAAAAAUAUAAUUAAAAUUUAAGUCGUAAGUUAGCUGUAAAUUAAAAUAAUUUUAAAAGUCGAAAUUAUUUUUGAAUUAUAAUAUUAAGACCUGAAAUGUGAGUAUUUUAAACGAUACCAUGUAUAGUGUUUACUUAAUCAAAUAAAUCGAUUAUACAACUACGGUUGUCAUCGUUUAAAAAUGAAAAAUGUAUUUUCAAUAUAAUAUUGUCAAAUGUAUAAUGUAGCAAUAAAAAUAAAUUAGUUCAAUUUAAGCUUUAAAGACGAUAAUAUUAUAUACCUUUAUUAUAUACAUUUUUUUCCCCAAUCUUAUCUGUAUAUUUUAUUAUAUUAUUCUGCUGUCAAAUACGCAAACCGUCAAUAAUAUUAUACACAAUUAUUGAAUAAUAUCGUGCUGUACUCUGUUAAAACCACUUAUAAAAAGCUGAUACUGCUGAUGGGUGAUCCUUUGUUGUAGAUGGAAAGUUGAGGAGGUAGGAUACAUAAAGUUAUUUAAUUUAAUCUAUCACCAACGAUAAACCAUUACUAACGAAAAACGAUUCGGAACAAAGCGGUUAUUAAAUAUGUUUUGAAAGACCAUAAUAUUUACGAUUUUCGUCAAAAUUUGAUUUUAAAACUCUUAUAAAAAAAAAAAAAAUACUACAUUAAAGUAAUUUUUUUUUAUUUCGACCAUUAAGUACGAUUUAUAAUGAACCUCCUAUCAAAUUUUUAAGCAUUUAUGUUAAGUCUAACAAUUUAUCUAUAUACUAUUAGACUACUUAACAAAUAAAAGUGACGUAAAAAACUAGUCAAAUUAAAAUGUCUAUAAAUGGCUCAACAAUAGUUUAAAUAUUCUGAAAUAGUUUUACCACGUCUAGAAAAAGCAAAUAUAACCUUUUGUCCGAAUUUCAAGUCUCUACGAAUAUUUUAACUUGAUCACAACAAAAAAAAAAAAAUAAUAAGAAAUAAUAUAAUAUACAUGUGUAUUAUAUUAUUUCUUCUUACACCCUGUAGGGUGUCCUACAGUGUUAUCCUAUACCUAUGCUAAUAAUUCUAUCAAUAUACAUUUUUUUUUUCAAUCGGGUUUUGGGUCAGUGGGACACAUAUGUAAAAAAAACGAAUGUUUUUUUCAUUUCUUAAUCACUUACAUUUUUUUUUAAUUUUUCACUUUUCAAAAUAGCCAUUUUGUAAAAAAUAUUAUUCUAAAACUUUGAAUGUACCUACCAUACAUUCAUAUUCGUGAAAACAACUAAUUUUCAAUAAAAAAUAAGGAAUUACCGCGCUGAUUGUGAUUGCUUAUCGCGUAACGCGUCAUUCUAUAGAAUUUUUUUCUGGAAGAUUUAUACAGGAUGUAAACCUCCCGCACAAAAUUCUCUAAAUGAUAAUGAAAACCGGUAUCAAAAUCCGAUUCGUAGUUUAAAAGAACUAAGCGCACUAACAGACAGACGCGGAUGGUGACUUUGUUUUAUACUGCAUUUAUUUAGAGAUAGAAACAACAUCUCACCCAGAACUCUUCUUAAACGCUGAUUUAUCGUUUGUUUUAGAUUUUGAAUGUAGCUACACAUAGCUAUAUAUUAGUUUUACUCAGAUGUGUUUUUUUUUCGUAAUAAUAUUAAAAAUGGUCUCGAGUUUUUAAAGAGGGAUCUAUUGAUUUUUUUUAUGAUGUGUGCUUUUAAUUUUUUUUAUUGUCUGUGAAAUUUUUAAAAAUAAAUUUUGAUCCGACAUGUUGAGUGUUUCUGAAAGGUAAUUUUCUUUCAUUGGUGCUUUGAGGGAGUUAAUUUUUGAUUUUCUUAGGGGUUUUCAGGAUAGUUGAAAAAACCCCGAAAGAAAAUUAUAGGCAAAAUGAUUCAUAAUUACUGAGUCCCGCGGCGUUAUCGUUAUUUUAUUGUUUUUAAUUUUUGUUUACGAUGUUUUCUACUAGAAAUAUUACUCCAAUCGAAAACUGACAAAUUGAUGGCGUUACAAUUUCAUUAUUUAAAAUUUGUAAAAUUUUUAUGAUGUUUUCGGCUGCAACAUGAUUGAGCAUAAAAUAUUUUUUUUUACGACCCGGUUGAGAAAAUUUGUCGGCAUAUCAAAAUUCUUUGAUAUAGAAAUACAAAAGAAAAUCUACACGAAUGAGUAUAAAAAACUGCGAUUUUGCCACUUUUAAUUUUGUGCUAUAUAAUUUUCAGUUAUAUAAUACAAAAAAUAUUUAUUUAAAUAAUUAUAACUGAUCAAAUAUUAUAUGAAAUAAAAAAAUAACACGAUUUCAUAGUCAAUAAUAGCCAAAUUGCAAAGAUCUGUUUGAUAAUAAUAAGAAUACAAUUGAUGUAUUAAUGGUAAAAUUAAUUUGUUUGUGCAUAUUUCGGUGUUUUUCAGCUAAAAGUGCAUAUUUUAUGAUUUGUAGUGCAUAUAUUUGGUAAUUUUUUAGUGCAUAAACACAUGUACAUAAUAUUACAGUUAUUUCAAGUGCAUAAACACUCGAACCCUGUAAUAAUAAUAAUAAUAAACUUUAUAAAUUAUACGGGGAAGGUAUUCGUUUCCCUCUAUCCCCUCAAGUGGCGAGCACGUGUCCGGGCAUUAUCUCGUCUCUGCGGCAAUUCGCGAUGAGUCAUUCGCGCGAUUCCCAGUAUAUUAAAAAAAAAAAAUAAAGGUACUCUCGAAUAUAAUCUUAUCGAAUAAUAUUUUACCGUGACGUAAGCGUAGAUGAAUCAUCGCGGCGGCCGACCUAUGUCAAUUUAUUGUCUAGCGCGCGGAGGGGACGCAAGUUUCUUUCGCGGCGGCCGCCGCGACGACAACGACACGGAAUUCCCCUACCGCCGCCCACACGGAUUUCGUACAACAUAGUGCCGACACGCAUCGUGUCCCGGGUCAGUCAUUCCGUCGCGCCGCGUCCGUUUCGUUUUAUCCGUCCCGCGUAUGCUAUUGCAUUUAGUUACUCGUCGUUCUUCUGUAUAUUAGAAUAAUACAUAACUACUGCAGUAGUGUAGUCGCCCACAUUAUUAUUACGAUCGCGUCUUCGGCGUUGUUGUAAUAUUAUAAUAUUUCGAUUGACCGAAAAUCGACCGUGUUGGUUCAUUUUAUCGCUAACCCCCCGCGGCCGUAAUGUUUCUGCCGUCCGCGCAAACUGUUCCUUCUUCGGAUUUGUUUCGCGACGACACGUCCGUCUGUCCCGACUGUUUGGACCCCGUGGGCUUGUGCACUUGUAGCUGGCAAAUACAGCAACUGGACGCCAGCUACAGUAUAUACACCGCGCUCAACGACGACACGUACAAGGUUUCUAUAUUUAAUAUAAUAAUAGUAUACCUAUUUCAUCGAUCAAACUAUAUCCGGGGUGCCCCGGAAAAAUAAGGAGCUCGAACCAAUUUUCGACCAUUGUUUUUAACGACUCAAUUUGUUGUUUAAUGUACAUUUUUUCCGUCCAUUUUUCGGUCUAAAUAUUGUGUAAGACGUUUGUAUAUUAUCAAAACGUAAUUUGUCUACAUUGAACACUGUAAACAAUUCACUUGAGCACUUAGAAUUUUACUAUAAUACAUAGCUAAAUAUUCUCAUAAGUGGGCAGAUGAGAGUCUAACUACAUCUUGAAGUCGAUAUUUUUAAUUAUUUCUAUACAGGAGCUCACGCUUGAGUUUUUAAGUUUUGAAAUUUUUAUUCUUGGCUUUCUGGCUUUUCAGAAUAGGUUUUUUUUUUCUUUUUGCUAUGAUUUUUGUUGCAUUCAGUAUAUAUUCUAAACGAAAUUAAUACCUAUAAUACUUUCACAACUUUUCACUCUGACAUAAUUAAAAAAAAAACACCACGAUGGAACAUUAUACUGUAUAAUUACACAGUAUGUAUAAUUAUACAGUAUAAUGUCCCAUCGUGAUUUUCUUUUAUCUUUAUACUUUAUCUAUAAAGUAUAGUUUACGGUACCUAGGUACGUUAUGUCAUUUAUACUUCACGAUUUGGUCAAUGCACUUUUACGAAUGAAAAUUCUUGAAUAAAACGAAAAUGUAACAUUUUUUUAAGAUAAAAAUAAAACACCUAUAUUAUGUUACCAAUAUAAGUAUAUACUGUUAGGUACGUUUUUUAUCCAAUAUGUUUUAAUAUUUUGACAUUUUAUUUUUUAUAUAGUUGGACAGCCUUAAUUGUGGCGGAAUACCAACUCGUACAACGCCGACUUUGACACCGACAACAUUGCGAUCCAUAGCGGCCGACUUGAGUAGCUUGGCGCCGGGUCAACCGGAAAAUUUCGCCGCUUCAGCGGCAUCCGAUUUACACCAUCUCGUGUCGUCUUCGUGUAAAUCCGUGAACGUCACGACUUCGGGCAGUGCCGAUCGAAUUAAUUCCGAUUUACAAGAUCGGCAUAAUCUACAAAUUCUGAGCGGCCCGCAUACAACUAUAAGUCUCGAAAGCCUGCACAACCAUCAGCCGCUCGGUAUGGAUAAUUUACAAAACGAACAACACAGUUUGAAUCAACAACAACGCAACGAUUACAAUAAUUCAUUUUCGGCGGCUUCGUCGAGACAAGCAGGAUUUGUACCACCGCUCGUAUUACAAAUAAACUCGGCUAAUAGUAAUACUCAACCACCAUCAGGUAAAAAAACCGUUAAGAAAUAUUGUCCAUUAAAAUAAUUACCAAUUCAAAAUUGUGUUUACGUAUAAAAAAAAAAAUAAUUAACUUUGUCAUUAAAUUCUCCAAACAAAGUGCUUGUAAGGUUAGAGGAGGUUGAAGGUGGCCGAUCCCAAAUAGCUUUGUUCGUUUUAAUAAAAAGUGGUAAUUUUUUUUACAUAGAUUUUAUUUUACACUAUCGUGUAGAUUCGACACUUACUUAUUUGAUGAUGUGAGUUGUGUGUUCGUUAUUAAAAUAAGGAUUGGGCAAGAUACUUGAUGAGUAUCUAGACACAUUUUAUUAUCAAUUUCAGAUACCUUCCAGAACCGUUUCAAAAUAUAAUUGUAUCUUUUUUUUUUAAAUGCCAGAAAAAAAAUCGAUUUUACUGAACUAAAACCAGGGAUGAUAAUAUACACGUAUCCUUGUAUAAUUUUUUUUGUAUUUAAUAUUUAAUUUUAAUAAGUCAACAAUUUUGAUUAGUUAAAAAUACAAGUGUAUUUCGUUUAUCAAUAAAAUGUAAAAUAUAAAAAUGUAUGUACUUGCAAUUUUCAAUAAUAUUUUUCUUACUAUAACACCGAAAAUAAUGUGUGUGUAUCAACUUUUAAGUAUAUAUACAUAAAAACCAAAUUGAAAUAAAAAAUAUGUAACUAAAUAAAUUGUAUAACUGAUAGUUAUAUAUGCACAUAGAUAUAAUACAAUUUCAUACUAUGCAGUAUACCCAAUGAUAAGUUAAAUUUUGAUAAAAACGAUACAUAUAUGUUUUUUUACAGGUACAACAGUCUUGUUAACCACUAAUAAUAGUUCUGGUUCGAGUUCUGUAUUCAGCGCAAAAGGUUCAUCGAAUUCGGCGUCAUCUUCACACUGGCAGGGAGCAGUGGUCACGCAGAGACCUCAACAUAGAGCGCGUAGCGUGACGAAAAAACGGUUUACCGAUGACGAAGACUUUGAUGAAAACUAUGAUUCUGCGGAUACGACCGACAGUAGUGAUGCUUCUGGAAAAAUGGGGCGCAAGCAAAACAACAAAAACGGAAAAUCCACUUCUAAAAAUAGUAUUAAGAGCGAAUUCAAAACCACGUCUAAUCCCAUGGGCAGUGGUCGCCGUACCAAUAAUAAAGAUGGCAAAAUAGUGAGUAAUCCAAUUUUUAUUUUGUACAGUUCCCUUUUUAAUAUUAUUUACAGUAUACUGAUAGAUUUUUUUGAUUUUAAAGUGAUUGUAGUUAAAAAGAAACUCCAAAAUUUAAAAAAAAAACCUUUUUUUAUGUAGGUAUUCAAAUAAUUAUGUAGUAAUUUAAAUAUCUAUGUACUCAUUUAUUUUUUCUAAUACAUUUUUGGUUUAGGUUUUUUUUUAUAAAAUGUCUUCAAUGAAAAACAAUAUAUAUAUGUAUGCAUUUGAUAAAAAAAAGAUCAGUAGUUAAGGUUAUCUACUUGUAUGAACAUAAAAUAUUUAAUUUAAAUUUACAAACUAAUGAGUAAGGGUAUGAGUAUAUUAGUUUAUUUAUCAUAACUAUAAUAAAAAUGCUUAAUUACAGCCUAAAAAAAAAAAUAUUGGGUUUCUUCGAGAAAUCAUUUAUUUUUGGUUCUAGAGUAUAAUCACCUAUUGUAAAAUUAUGAGAAAACAAUAUUCAGGAGGAUAAUUCCGGAUUUUUUUCUUUUCUUUUUUAAAUUCAUUUUUUGAACUGUUACAGUCAUUUAAAACUGAUGAAUUAGUCUUUAUUUCUAAACAUUGUAUUGAACAUUAUAUUUGGAAUAAUAAAUAACUAGAAUAAUAAGGAAAAACGCAUUGUUUUGCCCUCUGAUAUAUUGUUCUCUUUUAAUUGAUUAUUUUACUUUAAAACCAGAAUCAAGCAAAUUCUAUGCAGUCUGGGUUAGGUAGAUUUUGCUAUAUUGCCUGUUAAUUGAACUUAGAUAGUACAAGUGUAUGAAGUCCUCUUAAGUAAAAUAUGAAAAUUAUAUUAUUUAAUAUUAUAAACUUUAUCUUAUUUAUAUAGAUGUCGGCUGAAGAAGAACAGCGUCGACAAAUCCGAAGAGAACGUAACAAACUGGCAGCUGCCCGGUGUCGUAAACGCAGAAUGGACCAUACAAAUGAACUUUUAGAGGUAUAAUUAAUCAAAAUAAAACAUGGUUUUAUUAAGUUUAACUUCAUUUUUAGUAAUAAAACUUAAAUAAUUCAUUAAAAUAUAGUUUUACAUUAUUAUAAAAUUUAAAUAAGUUAAAAAAAAAUUAUUUUUUGAACUUUUUCUAUUAUCAUUGCACUUUAUGAGCCAGGUUGUUUUACAUAAUAUGUUUACAGGAAACUGAACAAUUAGAAGAUAAACGGUUGAGAUUACAGGUUGAAAUCCAAGGCCUUCGUCAACAAAAAACUGAUCUACAGCAGAUGUUAGCUCAUCACAAGUGCAUUUCAAAUUCAAUUUCUACUGCUACAACCACAGUAAUUAGUUCAAAUGAGAUUUCUGAAUCAGAUCUGAGUAACACCAUGUCAGCAGUCAAACAAAAUCCUUUGCAGCAACAGAACAUAAGUACAAGCAUAAACAGUGGUGAUGUUUGCGGUGAUAUUUUAAUAAAGUGUGAAGAUUCCAUUGUAUUGUCUGAUGAAGACAGUAAAUCCAAUAUUGAUAUUAUACCAACAUCUGUGUUACAACAUUCUCACAGAAGACGACCCACUACUCUGUUGCAAUUGAACAGUAAUAAUUUUGGGAAUGGUAAAAAAAUAUCUGGAACAAGUUCUAAUGGAGUAGUAGUAUUGAAUUUUGAUUCUCUUAUGGAUGGUGGUACAGGAUUAACUCCGAUCUCCUCAACUGGAGGAAAUGUGCCAAGUCACCAAAUCCAACGCAACACUGUGGAAAACAGUAGUGAAAUUUCAAUAAAUAACAUAAAAAAAGAGUUACCACAGGCCAACUACAAUAGUCAACUAAGUUAAAUAAGACAAUUAAAUACUAUGUAGUUUACAUAAAAGUAAAUUAUAUACCUAGAGUAGAGAUGCCACCAAUGUCCAUCUUAAGAACUUAUUAAAUUUAUAUUUGAUUUAAUAUAUUUACAGUUAUUAAAAAAAAAAAAAUUGCAAAAUUAGACUAUUAACAAAUAAAAUACAAAUGAGUAGCCAUAGCAAGGAUACUGGCUAGGUGGUGACUCCACCCUAUAUUUAAUAUAUUUUUCAGAGCUUUUAUUAAAGUUGUAUAAUUAUUUUUCAUUAGUUAAUAAUAUUUGAUAUUUUUAUUUUUAUUAUAAACAGUUAUACAUUUUAUCAAUUUUGUAUGUUGUUUAAUAAUUGAAAUAAUUAUUUUAGUAUAUUUAUAUUUUUUUAAUAUUUUAUUCUCAUCAAAUUUUAUAAAAAUCUGCAAAUUAAUUUUAUCUAUUGUUGAUUGUGAAUUAUUUAUAUAUAUAUAUAUUAUAUAACUUAACUAAAUUAUUUUUUUUAAAAUGCUCAUAUAUUUAUAAAAUACAUUUUAAUAGUAUUUUUAGCCAAUUUUGAAUUAAUACAACAUAAUAAUAUGUAUGUCUUGUGUUUAUAUUCACUUUAAAUUAAGUUUAUUAUAUUUUAAUACAAUGGUGUGUCAUAUCUGCAAUGAUUUAUUAAUAAAUACAAAUUAAACUGAUUCUAUAGCAUACUUCUAAUUAUGAAUUCAAAAAUUAAUCUGUACAUAAAUCUAAUGUUUUAAAACUUGCAAAAAACAAAGAUUCUGCAUAACACUUUCCAACCAUAAGACUAGACUUCUGAUUUGAUUUUCGAUCAGCCAAUUGUAUGUGCAUAAUUUUAUUAUAUU